AUGUCAGUCGCUUCCAUUCGCCGUUUAGCCGCCGGAGCCGCCGUAAUUGCAGCUGCAUCCGGUGGCGCUGUUUACCUUUCGCCGUCGGUUGCCUCCAGCGACAGAGGCGGUGGUCCGAUUCUAGAUUCGUUGAGGCGUAGGAUUGGUGAUCCCACCGCUUCUUUACCUUCUCGAUCUGCUCAAGAGUCUGUACUGAUUGGAGCCACCUCUUCUAAUCCGCUCGAUGUACUCGUUAUCGGCGGUGGAGCCACCGGUUCUGGUGUCGCUCUCGACGCUGCUACACGUGGACUCCAUGUUGGUUUGGUAGAGCGAGAGGAUUUCUCUUCUGGUACCUCUUCGCGAUCAACGAAGCUUAUUCAUGGAGGGGUUCGAUACUUGGAGAAAGCUGUUUUCAAUCUUGAUUACGGACAGCUAAAGCUUGUAUUUCACGCGCUUGAGGAGCGUAAACAGCUCAUUGAGAAUGCGCCACAUCUCUGCCAUGCUCUGCCUUGUAUGACACCUUGUUUCGACUGGUUUGAAGUCAUCUACUUCUGGGUGGGAUUGAAGAUGUAUGACUUGGUCGCAGGACCACGCCUUUUGCAUCUGUCCAGAUAUUACUCUGCAAACGAAUCUGUUGAGCUCUUUCCCACUCUUGCAAGGAAAGGGAAAGACAAAAAUUUGAGGGGUACUGUUGUGUAUUAUGACGGGCAAAUGAAUGAUUCACGUCUCAAUGUGGGUUUGGCAUGUACUGCUGCAUUAGCUGGUGCUGCAGUUCUCAACCAUGCCGAAGUUGUGUCGCUUAUCACAGACGAUGCUACGAAGAGAAUAAUUGGUGCUAGGGUUCGUAACAAUCUCACAGGCAAAGAGUUUGACAGCUAUGCAAAAGUAGUUGUUAAUGCGGCUGGACCGUUCUGUGAUUCCAUCCGGAAGAUGGUUGAUGAAGAUACAAAACCGAUGAUAUGUCCUAGCAGCGGUGUACACAUUGUGCUGCCUGAUUACUAUUCUCCAGAUGGGAUGGGCUUGAUAGUCCCUAAAACUAAGGAUGGUCGUGUUGUGUUUAUGUUACCGUGGUUGGGAAGAACAGUGGCAGGUACUACAGAUUCUAACACGUCAAUCACUGCGCUUCCAGAACCUCAUGAAGAUGAGAUUCAAUUUAUACUGGAUGCAAUCAGCGACUAUCUUAACAUCAAGGUUCGACGUACUGAUGUUCUUUCGGCUUGGAGUGGCAUCCGUCCAUUGGCCAUGGAUCCCACAGCAAAGAGCACAGAGAGUAUCUCCAGAGACCAUGUUGUCUUCGAGGAAUGUCCUGGUCUGGUUACAAUCACGGGUGGAAAAUGGACAACUUAUCGAAGCAUGGCUGAAGAUGCGGUUGAUGCAGCAAUCAAAUCAGGAAAGCUGACCCCAAGCAAUGAAUGUGUAACACAGAAACUACAGCUUCUUGGUUCUCAUGGAUGGGAACCAUCUUCCUUCACAGCUCUUGCACAGCAAUACGUGCGCAUGAAGAAAACCUACGGUGGUAAAGUGGUUCCUGGAGCAAUGGACACAGCUGCUGCUAAGCAUUUGUCUCAUGCCUAUGGUUCAAUGGCUGAACGGGUCGCCACCAUAGCUCAGGAGGAGGGUUUGGGGAAACGGUUGGCACACGGACACCCGUUCCUGGAAGCAGAGGUUGCUUACUGUGCAAGGCACGAGUACUGCGAAUCAGCGGUUGAUUUCAUAGCUAGGAGAUGUAGAAUCGCAUUCUUGGACACAGACGCAGCUGCGCGGGCGUUGCAGCGUGUGGUGGAGAUUCUAGCAAGUGAACACAAGUGGGACAAGUCGAGGCAGAAGCAGGAAUUGCAAAAGGCUAAAGAGUUUCUUCAAACUUUCAAGUCUUCCAAAAACGCACAGUUUAACGAUGGCAAACACAACUAA